CUAAUGAUAGCUUCUGAGGAUUAACCUCCUCUGGACGUGGUAAAGGGGAACCAACUGGAGUGAACCUUGUUAUACCAGGAGCAUCAGAAUGUUGCUGAUCGUAGUUUCAAUGAUAUCAUACAAUAUCCUGUGUUACCAUGGAUACUAGCUGACUACACUAGCACUACCCUAGAUUUAAAAAACGGAUGUCUUCAGAGAUUUAUCUAAACCAAUAGGAGCACUGAAUGAAGAGAGACUAGCAUUCUUUAAAGAUCGUUAUGCUGAGAUGUCUGGAAGGAAGUUUCUCUAUGGCACUCAUUACUCAGCACCUCAGCACCUGGUUAUGUACUGUACUAUCUAGUCAGAACUGGUUAGGAAAACCUGUUUAUCUUGUACCUCCACCUUCUCCCCCUCCCCCUCACUAGUCCAGCAGUGAGCCCCAGUGUAUCCAGUAUCACAGUGAUCAUGAAUCCCAGUACAGGUGUGCCAGGAAGGUAUCAACAGUGAUAUGUGUCCAUGAUGUAGUGUCUUGAACCUGAUUGUAAUAACCACGGGUCAUGUGACAUGGGGGCGUGUUCAUGUGAGUCACCAUGGACCGGAGAUACUUGUGGAUCUGUUAACUGUUCACUGACUGAUUGUAAUGGACACGGAAUAUGUAUGGAGGCUUGUCCUAGAAACCGGUAUGGAUCUGAUUGUAGGUCAUAUUGUUACUGCUAUGGACGUGGUCACUGUCACCCAGUGUAUGGUAACUGUACCUGUGAUACUGGAUACACUGGAGCUCACUGCUGGACUAAGUGUAAGAAAGGUUAUUAUGGAGUUAACUGUGCUCAGAAGUGUGUGUAUCCUGAUUGUUCUGGUAAUGGACAUUGUUCUAUAGUCAAUGGAUCAUGUUUAUGUAACAAGGGUUGGACAGGUACAUCUUGUAAUAUAACAUUAAUAGAUCAAAUAAAUACAUCCUCUACCUUAUUAAUCACAUCAUCAUCAUCAUUAACUGAUACUCCUGAUGCUAGUACUACAGUACCAGUGAUGAACUCAAUCUCCUCAUUACUGUCUCCUACUAAUGAUGUAUCAGUACAGGAUAUUACUGUAUUGAAUAAUGAUAAUAAAUCUAUUGAUAGUUGUAAUGGAACUAAUAAUAGUAGUGCAUCUCCUCCAGUUAAUUACAGUGCUAACGAUGAUGAUAAUCAAUUAAUUAUUAUUAUUAUAUUAAUUGGUUUAAGUACUGUCACUAUACAUGUUAUACUGUGUGCCGUUCACAUAUGUUGUCAUGGUAACGGAGAGAUAAAGUUUAACAAGUCAGAGAUAAAGAGAGAACUAAUGGAGAGGAGAGAAUGGGAACAGAUCAUGUUACAGAACAGCAACUGGAAUAGCAGCACUGAUGAAGAUUAAUGUAUAUUCUUUUGUAUAUUUAUUAUUAUAAAUA